GUGAGAAUGUAAACAAAGCAGGCAGGUGGCAACGCCGCAAUCACUCCAGAUAAUCUGCAUAAAUAAUACAAUUGGCAAUAUUCUUAUCGGUUUAAGUAAAUAAUAGUAGUGAUAAGCAGUAAGCGAAGCUCAAACCAUAGAAUGGCUGAUCGGGCUAUCAAGCUCCUGGUGAUCGGGGAGAGCGGCGUGGGCAAGUCCAGUUUGAUACGUCGCUUCGUGGAGAACAAGUUCGACGAGAACCAUGACGUCACGAUUGGCAUGGACUUCAAGAGCAAGGUGAUGAACGUCGACGGCAUAGACUACAAGGUGGCCCUGUGGGACACAGCUGGCGCCGAGAGAUUCCGCGCUCUGACACCCAGUUUCUACCGAAAGGCUCUGGGCGCCAUUGUGGUGUAUGACAUCAGCAACAGGGACAGCCUGGUCAAACUGGAGGCCUGGCUGGCCGAGCUGGACAGCUACAGCGACAAUCCCAACAUUGCCAUCAUUGUGGUGGGCAACAAGAUCGACCAGGAGCGAGUGGUCGAUCGCGAGGAGGGUCGCAAGUUCGCCAGGAAGCACAGGGCGCUCUUCAUCGAGACCUCGGCCAAAUGCGAUCAGUUCGUCAGCGAUGUGUUCAAAGAUGUGGUGGAGAAGAUCGUCUCCUCCGAAUACUUCAACAAUGGCAAUAGCUCCGGCGGUCUGGACAUCGCCAGCGAUCGGGAUUUGGAGGCAAGCGCAUCCACGUGUUACUGUUGAUUUCAGAUGUUCAUAAACUCAACCUUAACGUUCAAUCGUGUACUCCUAUCUAAGCAGGGAUAAAGAUUCACUUAAUUUGCCAGGGACAGUCUGCCAAAUCAGUCUGAGCAGUAUCUUUCCAUUAUCCCUGUACGAACUAAAGCUAAUUGGUAAAUACUUAUUCUAAGGGGGCUCACAACUUAUAGUGUAUCUUCUCAAUUUCACAUUUAUUCUAAAAAAAAUAUAUUAAAUUAUAAUAUUCCACUU